AUGACGUACCAAGAAGUCAAGCUCCCGCAAUUUCCGGAAACACCUGUGUUUGUGUCGCUUUUCACCGGAGUUUCCGAAGACACCCUCAACACUAUCAAGACCGAGUUGGUCGCCGCCAACAAGGACUACGACUUCUGCUUCCUCAACACCAACCACGUCAUCUCGCUCGAGCACCUCUACCACAGCUUGUACAAGUCUGUGCUCAACCAUAAGAAUGGCACCAUGAGAGCCAAGACGUUGCACACCGAGAUCAUAUUCAAUCUCUCCCCCAUUAAUAACAUCAUGGACGCCUUGAGACGUUUUGGCGUGGAUCCAGAGUGCCCCGAUGUGAUCGCUAUCAAGGUGACAGACGAACCCUUCGAAGAGGUAUACAAGCAUUUGCGUAAGAUUGUGGGAGCCGAAGCAGUGGAAAUAAACGACCGGGUGCUCGAGGGCUUGAUCAAUGUCCCGAAGGUCAAGAAGAUCUACAAGCUCAACGAUGCCAAGUUGGACGAGCAACACUUACAGCAGCUGCUUACGAGGUUGGCUAUAGGCGCGUGUAUUCUUCGCGGUAAUUAA